AUGGCUGAGAGCUUUGGCGAUUUCACCUUUGCAUCAUUUCCCACCAACACCAAAUCAAUUGAAGAUGAUAAUGAAUGGGGUGAUUUCGUUGAAUAUCCUAGUGGAUCUGAACCUUCCACUGCACCCUCCCUCACCUUUGAUGACCCUUUUGGUAAUUUCUCCCCUAAUAAUACUACUUCUUCGUCCAAAUCUGAACAAUCCAACAAGACAAGCCGAUGGGUUAAACCUUCUGGAGCUCUUCCAUUAUCAUUAUUCGGUGAAGAUGAAGAACAUAAAGAGAAAGAUACAAAUCCUAAAGUAAGAAAUGGAUCUAAUCCUAAUUUAGGUUAUGGGUUUGAUUCCAAUAUCUCAAAUUUAUACAAUCAAGAUCACAAGUUGAAAUCAUUUUCAAAUUCCAAUAAAAUGGUAGGUCUGGAUAGUGUUAAUUCGAAUUCCAAAAAGUCGAAUGGAUUGAGUUUCGAUCCGAAUUCGGGUUCUCCUUGUGUUAGUAGAGUGCAGAGUUUGAACUACCUGGCAAGCUUGAAUGGUGAGGGUCAAACUUCGGGUCUUUUUUCGGAUUCGAAUAAUUUAAGUUCUUCUGUUAAUGUAUCAAGUUCAAGUUUUACUAUGUUGAAUCGAGCUUUUGAUAUGUCCAAAUCGAAUAUGAAUGGAUUGAAUAGAACUUUGAGUGUAGAUGCUUUAACAGGUUUGAAUGAUCAAGGUCUACAGAUGAAGAACAAAAGUAGUGAGCUUGUUUUUGAGUUAAAUGUUUCGAGUUCUUCUGAUAAUUUGACAAGUUCAAGUUUUGGUGUGUGGGACACGGAUUUCCAUAUGUCUAAAUCCAAUCAGAGUGGAUUGAAUAGAAGAACUUCGAGUCUGGAUGUGGGAAUUGGUGAAAGUUCUUCAGCUGCCACAAGUUCAAGUGUGUGGAAUGCGGAUAUUAAUAGGUCCAAGUCCGAUCAGACUGGAUUGAAUAGAACAUUGAGUCUUGAUGGUUUAACAAACUUGAAUGUUCAGGCUCAGCAGAUCAAGACUGAAAAUGGCGCGAUUGUUCCUAAUUCUGAUGUUUCUAGUUCUUCUGCAAAUGCAUCAAGUUCAAAUUUUGGUGGAUGGGAUUUCGAUUUUGGUGGAGUUGGAUCUGCUAUUGAAAGGUCGAUUUCUAGUUCCGGUGUUGGUGGGUUGAACUCAAACUUCAAUGCUGUUGAAAAUUUGGAUAAUGCUCACAACGACAAUGAUGACGAUGAGGAUGGAUGGGAGUUCAAGGAUGCUUACUCAAUUUCUGAAGUUGGAGAUGCUAACAUUAAGGCUACAUCAGAGGCAAAAAAAGAGCACGAAACUAAUGCCUUCUCUUUCGAUUUUCACAAUGGAUUGAAUGGCUCAGUCGACUUGUUUGCAACAUCAAACGGAUCGGCAACAUCUGAUUCUAAGGCACAUCAUGCUGGUGACAUGCAGGCAUAUUCCUCUGGAUUUGACAAUAGUCUAAAUAGUUCUAUUGAUUUAUUCGCCAUGCCAAGUCAACCAAUUGAUCUAUUUGCGACAUGUAAUGGAAUUUCUGUUGUUCGCCCUGACAAUAUAUUUGGAUUUGAUAUUAAACCAUCUAUGGCAUCUAAAAACGUACAUAUUUCAGCAUCAGAUGGUAGAGCUUCAGAUUCUGGAUUGAAACUAGAGGAAGAAUGGAAGUUGAAUGAUGUUGCUCAUUCUGAACUCCAAGCUUCCGAAUCUGAUGAUAAAGACCAGGUUAAGGAAUCAAAGUUAGAGAAUCAUAAAGGGGCUCUUCCCCUAUCUAUAUUUGGUGAUGAAGAGGAGCUGGAGAUCGAUGGAUCUUCUAAUAUUGAAGAUAUUUUUGUCCCCCAUAAUGCUUCUUAUUCGAAGAAUGACAGAAGUCCAGAUUCAAAUGUUUCCAUUAGUGAUCUCAUUUCAAACUUAUAUAGCCAAGCUGAACAUAUCUCACCUGUUCGCUCUGCUCAAGUGCCAAAUAGCAUUAGUGUCAGUCCACAAGAUUCAGUGUCAAAUUCAAGUUUGCUGAAUGGUGAGGAUGAAUUGGAUGAUGGUGAAUGGGAGUUUAAGGACGGCUCUUCUGAAAUGAGAAUAUAUAAUGAUAUUUCUCUUCUUACUUUUGAGGAUCCGCCACAGAGAAGCUUUUUCAAUCUCAAUCUAGAUGAUUAUUUGAAUUUGUACUCUAAAUUAAGGAAUAAGUUGUGCUAUCAUGCUAAAUGCCAUCUCGAUGACUUUAAGAGAGCUCAAAGCAUUGAUGGACUUCCAGUAGAGGAAGCAAAAAUCUCGACCCUUAAUAAAGAAAUUGAGGAGGCUUGCAAGGAUUUUGACCAGGAUAAUGCUUUGUGCAAAGGUGACCACUUGGAAGGACAUUCAUCUCACAAUAUGGGUGCAUUUAUUGAGAUUUUGCAGGAAUCAAAAUUUCAAGUACUUGAAUCAGAGUACCACUUGUCGAGGAGACUAUCCUUGGUGGAAACUGAUUUGGAAACGACAGUGGAUCUUUUAAGACAUACUACAAUGAUGCUAAAAAUUUUGAGAUCAGGAUCUUUGGAGGAGCAAUCAAUUUAUGUUUCAGUAUGGUAUAAAAUGGUCUCUGUUUGUGUGCAAGAGUUGCAACAUGGCUCCUGUAUCUGGAAGAAGAUAUUGGAAAUGAAUGCUCAGAGUCAUAUGUUAUCUCACCCGAGAGGAAGGGCAUUCCUCCGGGCCCUGGGUGAGAUCUAUAGGGUUACUGUAGUGCUUGAAGCAUCUGUGAAACUAUGCAAACCUUGGUUGAAUUCUGCUCAGGGUACAAGUAUUUAUUCCAUGCUAGACGAAUGUCACACUAUAUGGUCCUCUUCGGAUCUUGGAGAAGCUCUGCUGAGUAUGUUAGACUCUGCUUCUUCCGGAGAUGGGAGUUCUGUUGCUUCAUUGCUGGACUCUAUCAAGUUAAUUCAUGGUCUUGAUGCACUUAGCCUUCAAAAACAUCUCUAUGCUCAGAAAGAAGUGUGUAGGCUUUCGCUUCUAACUUUAGAAGUACUACCAGGGAUGGAACUUAUAGACUGGAAUGGAGAGCAGUACUUCCUCACACUUGCAAAUCUAUGGGCAAAUCUUAUAAGCAGUGAUCCUCCAGAGUUGCCACAAUUAAUCAAGGGAUGGUGACAGAAUAGCAAACGUUGAUAUCAAAUUUGCGAAGUGUCAAAUCUAAGAUAAGGAACUUGGAUUAGUACCAUGUCAACUGAAGAUUGCUCUGCAGAGGCCGGAGUUAAGAUACUUUGCUCUCCAGGGCUCUGGCCUUUGAAUUAUUUGGCAGAGUUUUGUGCGCACAAAAGUAUGCUUUGAGACAAAAAAAAAAAAAAAAAACGAAGAUCUGAACAUCAAGAUACUGAUUGCAAGAGGCACGCCGUGAGGUACUUUACAGACGGAAGUAGAGAGAGGGUGUGAGAUAAAGAUUACUUGAUUUUUGUUCGGCAGUCUUUCCUUGCAAGAUACGUAGUAAAAGCAUUGUAUCAGUAGGUCAUCGUUCCCGGUUUUUCCUUUCUUUUCCCCAAUAAGGGGGGAGGAAGAAGGUAUGUGACUUCGUCACAGUGUACCAUUAAGUUGCUUGUGUAUAAGUUGUAAGUAUUGGUGAAAUCAUUUUAUGUUACGUCCAUAAAGAUAGAAGUAGGGUUGUCAGGAAAUUGAACACAGAUAUCGAUUCUUUGUAGUGCCUAUUUUGUUAAUUUCUGGUCUUCAAUGGUUAAUUGAGAAGUGUAAAAUGUUAAAUACUGUCCUGCAGGAUUUAGUCGUAUUUGUUGGCUUUUUAAUUGAAAGAUGUAAGGUUUGAAUCUCCUUUGAGAGGUA